AUGGAUGGAGAUCUGGAUUCCAGGAAGCGAAAGAGGACUUCUCACGCGUGCGACGCGUGCCGCCAUCGCAAAGUCCGAUGCGAUGGCCGUCAGCCAUGUGCAACCUGUUCGGCAACAGGCGAAGACUGUCUCUACGGCGCUGAAGCAAUACCCAAGAGCAAGUCCGAUCUGAUCCUCGAUGUGGUUCUCCGCUCAGAGAAUCUGCUGCGUGAGAUGUCUGCCCAUAUGGUAAGACUCCCUGUCCAUAAUCGCAGCCCUAACUCUUCGUCCCCCCUUGCAUUCUUCUCCCCUCCGACAGUGGAUUCCCAUCGUCCUGGCACAUCCCCUGACCAGAUCUCCAAUGCGACACUCUCGCAAUUCCAUUCGUCAACGACCGAGUCGAUCCUGGCCUGGCCGCAUUUCAAAGACUUCCACCCGCUGCGCCAGAACUAUCAGGGCUCUGUGUUUUUCCUGGAAAGCCAGCGCUCCCCGCUCAAGCAUCGGUCCACUGCAACCUUGCCAUAUGUAGGUAAAUCAGAGAUUGAUGUCAUUCUUCGAAGCUUUGAGCAGAAUGUCAACUUCUGGUACCCAACCUUAUCCCGGAACAGGAGUACCGAGGUGGAGAUCCAGAUCCUGUCAAACAGUCUAGAUGAGGACAUCGCCUCUUGUCUGGCCUUGCUCGUUAUGGCCCUUGGCUGCGCUAGCGAAUUGAUACGCUCUCUUGGCUCAGAUACAAUGGCGAGUGCUGAAGAGCUGGAGCAGCGACAUCGAUGGCAGCUUAUGAGCGGCUUAUACUUUGACCUUUCCUUCAGGAAGAUUCAUCUUGCCCAGGCGGAGUGCACUACAGAGGCCGUACAAUGCCUCUUCUUCACAGCCCUAUUCUUCGCCUUCCUGCAACGGCCUAUACAAGCGUGGUCUUUCAUCAGCGCUGCCGCAGUCAAAUGCCGCUUACUACUCUCAUAUCCCACCUCCGACGCUAAACCACAACAUCUCGAGUGCCUCCGUCGCAUAUUCUGGUCCUGUUAUAUUUUAGAAAGUGACUACCUCGCCGAACUCGCCGCGCUGCCUCAAACGGGAAUCGCCGAUAUCGAAUCGUCCAUCCCACUACCAGGAGAAUAUCACACUCACACCAAUCCGACAACAGAAGAACAAUCCUCUCUUUACUUCCUCGCCUGCAUAUCCAUGCGCCGCCUUCUCAACCGAGUCCACGACCUUCUCUACGCACGGAACAACGGCGUCGCCUCAGAUAUAUACCAAUUCCCGUCCGUCGUCGCAGAGCUCGACCACCAGCUAGAGAAAUGGAAAGACCUCCUUCCGCCGCCUUUCCAAUUCACCCAGGACUGUGAACCAGCAAAGUCCACCGAAGCUGGCUUCCUGCGCCAGCGGUACCUAACUUGUAAAAGCGUGAUAUACCGACCGUACCUCACCUGGGCACUCUCACUUACAACGCGAGGUGAAACAGUAUCUCCAGCCGUAUAUGAAGGAUGUAAAACGUGUAUCCAGGCUUGCUGUCUGCAUGCUCAGAACCUGCAUGGGUUUCCGCAGACCAUCAUGGUUGAUACGUGGAUUUGUUCCCUUUCGAUGGCGUCUGUCAUGCUUAUUGCCCUGGCGACUGCAAGAGAGAGCUCCCUACAAAGUUGUCUUCCAGAAAAUAUGACAGAGAUAGGACCUCAUCUCGGAAAGUACCUGACGCAGUGGAUGCGGGUGCCGGGACAUGGGGUGUCACCGAGUGUGAUGCAGAGUAUCCGACUAAUUGAAGAUGCAAGUGAAUCACUGCGUGAUAUUCUUGCAUAA